CUCAGAUCAGUGGCCGCUUCCUUCAGUGACGGGGAUCUGCAACUGCUGCUGCUAUCCACGUCCACACCUCUGCGCCAUCUACGCCAAAAUAUCCCUCGAAAAUGACCACCGCCUCCCCCUUCCUCUUCCAGUCGUCCCUGCACGACACGGGGCUUAUUCACGAAAUGCUUUCCAACCCGCUCAAAUUCGGGGCUCCUGUUAACAAAAAGAGUUUGGGCUUCGAGGCGGGUAUGAAGGAGGUUGUUUCAGAGCCAGAGUCUCCCAAUCUUGUCAAAAGACAGCUGAAAAACGUAAAUGAUGAGGUGAAGUACGACACGGAAGGAGAACUGGCGGCGAAGGAUAAGUCGCAGAAACAGUUUAAUGGCAAUGCGAAGAACCCCCAAAGGGUGAAUCCGGAGUUCAUAAAUCAAUCAGUAACUCCCCUUUCGCCAGCGAAAUCCCAAAUCCCUGAUACAAAUGAGGGCGACAAUACUCAAGGUCUCUUCCCGUCCACCUUCGACCUUUCUUGGCCAGAAGCCAUUGCCACCGCUAAGCGUGCAGCUGGACUGCAUAAUCCUUCGAUGGCAUGCUAUGCCAAUGCCACUUUGCAGGUCCUGCUGCAUACGCCGCCCGUCCUGAGAAUCGCUUUGACACACGAUGAGGGAAGCUGCUCACAAAUUAAAAAGAAGAAUUUCUGCAUGUUAUGUUCUCUCAAGCACAUGGCUGAAGGAUCGCACUGGUCUGGUCGAAAGGCUUACGCCCCAGGAAUCCACAGAAGCUUGUCGCAAAUCAAGAAGGGCUUCAGCAAGAACAGGCAGGAAGACACCCAUGAGUUCUUCCGGUUUGUCACCGACGCCCUGCAGAACACUGCAUUGGCCAAGCUUCCUAAGGAUACUCCUGAAAAGAUCAAGCACACCUCUUGGGUUUACCGAAUUUGGGGUGGCCGAGUGCGCUCACGUGUUGUUUGUUCACGAUGUAACAACCCGUCAGACACCUUUGAUUCCUUCUUGGAUUUGAGUUUGGAUGUGAACAAGCAGGGCAAGAAAAGCGUGCUUGGGAUGUUGGCUGGCUUCACCAAGGAAGACAGACUCGAGGGAGACAACAAGUAUCAUUGUGAAAGGUGCAAACGUAAAGCCAAUGCCACGAAGAGCUUCAAAAUUGACCAAGCACCUCCCAUCUUGACUCUUCACUUGAAACGGUUCAGUGUCAACUACAAUCCUUACAGUGGCCGAGCUCGAGCAGAAAAAUUUAAUCAGCCCAUCAAAUUUGAACAAACUCUUGAUAUCGCGCCCUAUAUGGUUGACCCUGCGUCUCCCGGUACCAAGUACAGAUUGUUCGGUGUCACCUGCCAUCGUGGUACUGAGCUUCGUUUUGGUCAUUACACUUCCUAUGUCCGAGGUCCUUCCGGUCAAUGGUUCCAUGCCGAUGACGAUGAAGUGUCUCCUGUCCAGUUGGAGCAAGUCUUGAACGACAAGACGGCUUAUCUGUUAAGUUACAUCCGCGUGGACAAUGGGAACGAGGGGCUGUGUGAAUCGCCUGCAGUUAGGGACAGAGUGAAAGGCUUGGUCAACGGGAGUGCAAAGGGUAUGAGAGAUGACGAGUCGGAGAGUCAAUCAGAGGCUGAGUCAAGCUCGCACAAGUCAUCGUCACCGAUCAAGCGUAAAUCCACUUAUGACCCUGAAGACCCACCGCGCAUGAAAAUUGGCGCCUUUGUCAACAACAAGGCCUACGCACCUUCAACAAACAAAUCUGAGUCGCCAUUCUCAGACGGAGAGAACAAAAUGCCCCCCGAACUCCCCAAAUUCGGAUAUAAACCUAAACCCACCAUUCGCGCCCCUGCUCCCGUGGAAGCUUCAUCUUUCUACACUUCCCCUGUCGCUCGACCAUCCAAUUCAUUGGCAGGUAUGAGUAAGAAGGAAAAGAAGAAGUUCAAGCAUAAGGAAAAGGGAAAGCCUAGACAUAGCGCUACGCCAAUGCCCUUCGCCCAAGGAAGGGUGGGUAAUGGUAGAAACAGGCAGCCAGGUGUUCUUUCGAGGAUGAAGGGCAGAGCGUAAAUUGUCGGGGUCUGCAAUGUGGGCGGAAGGAAGUCGUUUUGGGAUAGAUAAUUUGGGACAGGGAACAGGAUUUACUUUGUCUGGCAUCAUAGGGCAGAUCGUUAUUACGGCAGAAGUUGGCAUCGACCAUUGAUUUGUAUAUUACUUCCUUUCUAGAUAACAUGCAUUGUUUCGUGGCUUACCUGAAGACU